UUAGGAGGCACGUGAUCAUACGUCAUCAUUCAGGAACGAUAACUUGGAUAUUGACAAUGGAAAUGAAGAUUGGUGUCAGAAUUUAGUCAGAAUACAUGCAACAUAGUUGACCAUGAAUCAACAGUUCUUAGAGACAUAUACAGUGCCAGGAAUGGACAACCAGACAGCCGUGGCCGUCCAGUCCCUGAUUGAUUCCCAGGUCAUCACGGAGACUACUCCUGUUGAUGAAGAUGAUGUUUUUCAAUGUGGCAAGUGCAAGAAGCAGUUUUGCUCCUUGUCAGUCUUUCUGAGCCACAAACAGUCUCGCUGUAAUCAUGGUAAUGGCCCUCGCCCCAUAGUGCAACAGUCAGUCUCUCGGACCAAUCAGAAUGCUCAGGACAUUGUCCUUGCCACCAAUGCUAGAGGGGCGGCCCCUGCCCCAGAAACUGUUACUGUUGGCAGGGCACCACAGAUCAUUCAGUCCUCCAUUCCCUCUUACAGUAACAUGACACCAGCUUCAGCUCUUGCUCAGAAUGUGGUGUUAACAGAUGAACUGAUGUCAUUUGCUAAUAUUGAUCAAUCGCUUGGUAACCAGACAUUACAGCUGGGACCCCCUGUUUCAUCAGGUGGAUCCUAUCUGUCUCAGGUGGCAUCCUAUCCCUCCCAGUCUCCUAACAGUGUGACUGUCCUGGGUCCCAUCAACAGUGCCUCCACCCUGCCUACCGGCACCACCACCUUUAACUCGGCCACUCAUAUUCAAAUCCAGCCAGCCCCUACUCAGCCGCCAACACUAGUCACAAGGGCAGAGAAGAGUAUCGCCAACACAAUAGUCAAACCUAGUCCCACUAAAGCUGGAAGGAAAUCUGCCCAGGCUCAUGCUAACCUAGUCACAGUGCUGACAAGUGGGACAGAAACUGCAGGAGUGAGGAUGAGGCGAUGUAAAAAUGGCGGCUUGAUCGUGGAGGGAGAGAAGAAAAAACUGAUCUGUCAGUACUGUAACAAAGCCUUCACUAAAAACUUUGACCUUCAGCAGCAUAUACGAGCACACACAGGAGAAAAGCCUUUCCAAUGCAUUGUCUGUGGGAGAGCCUUCGCUCAAAAGUCCAAUGUCAAAAAACACAUGAAUACACACAAGGUUUGGCCUUCAGGAACUGGAAAAACAUUACCAGAACAGCCCCCUCUACAGGUGGAAAAUGUUACUACGGAACAAGGGGAAGAAACCAAUAAAGUCGCAGGCAGUGAGAAAGAGCAGGAGAACAAUGCUACAACUGAGCCUAAGGAAGACACUAGAACCAAAGUCAUGAUAGAUAACUCCUACGUGUGUCAGUAUUGUCCUAGUCGCUUCAAGUCCUACUUCCACCUCAAAUCUCAUAUGGUGCAGCACAAAAACCAACAGGUUUUCAAGUGUUCCAUGGCUAAAUGUAGUCGGGUGUUUAAAGAAUUGGACUCCUUUCUGGAGCACAUUAAGGAACAUGAAUGUGAGAUGUCCUAUCGCUGUCAU